UACGGGAAAAUCAAUGAAGACCUCCACUUAUUGAGUGAUUUGUGCCACGAAAUUGUGAUCGAAAAUCGUGAAAUUUCCACGCAGUGUGUUCAAGUGUUGUGAUCCGACGUGCUUUGUGGCUGUGCCUACGCGCUGAGCGUGUGCGAAGGGGUGAAAUCUGGGGCUUUCUGGCGGAGGCUAAUGUGAGAGAGAGGCUGUGAUAUCAUCACGGACUGGGAAGUGCGACGGGGGACCCUGAAAUGGACGACUCUAGCGAUGAGAGCGUGGACUCGAUGGACGCGCGCCAGUCGGAGCGCCAGGCGGCGCUGGGCUUCCGGCCGCAGAGUGAGAUCUGGUGCAACAGACACCUGCCCUAUGCGGAGAAGCUGGACGAGGAGUCGCAGCAGAUGCUGCGCCAGAUCAAGACGUGCCUGGGCAAGGCCGUGGCCAUGCGAGAGAUGAAUCCCGCCGUUGGCAUCUACACAUCCAAGCUCAUGGCGUACAUAAAGAUGUAUGGACUGAAGUUCUCCAAGGAGGAUCAUGUUAAAUUCAUAAAGCUCUUCCUCGACAUGAUUUGCAUUCCGUAUCUCGAGACGACGAAAUUGGCAAAGUUCUGUGUGUUGCUUACACAACUGUUUGCAAAGCCUCACCUGCUAUCGCCGGAUGAUUUGCAAGUGGACUGGAGACCUUUGUAUAACCUCAGCAAAAUAAUUCUCAACAAGAAUUGCAACAAAGGCGUGAUGUUUCGCUUCUUUUCGUCGCUGGAGUCGAAUUUGCAGUAUGUGAUCCAGUGCUGUGCCUACUACUUCCCCAAGUCCUCCACCAGGGAGAUCCUGGACGAGCUGUAUCCGCAACUGGAGCCGCUCGACACGGGCAAGGAUUGCGCGGUGCUGGACUUGCUGGGCAUCUUCCUGAAUCCCUACGAGGGACACGAACUGUGGCUGGACAAUUUCAUGAAGUUGUGGAAUAUGUAUCACAAUCCGUCGUGGAAUGUGGACAUCAUGAACCUCGUAGCGUCGACGGCGAGUCACAAUAUUGGUGGAAUUGACUGGGAGCCUUACUUGCCGGUGAUGUUCACCAGGAUCCUGCGCUCUGUCGAUCUGCCGGUGGUGUACAAGAACAUCGGCAGCUCCAGGAAUCAACAUCUCUGGGCGUCGUCCGUGUCCAUGUGGAUUGUGUCGAUUCUGGGGCCGAAGUCGACGGGUCAGAAGUAUCUGGACAAGUUCAUGGGCACCAUCGAGUCAUAUCUGCAUCCGGCGAACUCUGGCAAGUGGGUUCACUACCUCAGUGACAUCCUCGUGCAGCUGGUGAAGUACUUCGAGGGGCGCCUUAUUGCGGAGCGCUACAGGAAGCCGUCAUGGAUGCGUCGCGUGCCGGAAGAGCACCGCCUCACGGAGGAGUGCGUGACGGCGUUCGUGGUGAGCAUGAAGCCGGUGGCGUUUCAGGUCAUGUACUCACGCGUGGGCUCAAGUGAUGUGAGCAAGGUGUUCAAGCUGCUGGCCGACUUGAGGCCCGAACUCAUCAUUCCCGGCGUCAUUGAGCGUGUCUAUGCGACACUCGACUCACUCACGGAACCGCACAAGCUCACAGCGGCGCUGCAGUGCUUCGUGAGUGUGGCCAGACCACUGGUGUCGUGUCACAAUGGCUACUCGGAGGGACGGACGCAUGUGAUACCCAUUCUGAUGGCCACACUGCCGGGCAUUGAUCCCAAUGACUUUAAGAAAACUUCGGUGGUGCUGCAAUUUCUCACGUCUUUCGCUCUGAUGGUGCCCAUUGUGGAUUGCAGCAAGGCGAGUCUGCACUACAAUGAUCUCACGGAGGAGGAGAGAUUGAUUUGCGAACAGACAGCGGAUUUGGAGGAUUUUGUGCUGCACUUCCUGGACAAGAUCUUCAUUCUGAUCGACUCCAGUGCACUGGAGUCAAUUCGCAUGGAACAAUCGGACUCGGACAACAUCCGAUCGAAGAUGGAGGCUGUGGCGGAGGCGCUGAUUCAGUCCAGUGCUCAUGGGAUUCUGGCUCAGUGCUCGGAUGACAUCAAGAAGGCGGCGGCCAGGAAGGUGGAGCUGUUCAUCAAGUCACAUCUGUUUGAGCCGAAAGUGGCGGGAUUGCUGGCCGGAUGUCUGGUGCGAGUGAUGUCACGUGUCAGUGGAGACUUCUUCCUCAGGUCCAUUGUGCCUUACCUGAUUGAGACGCUCGAGAAGUACUUUAGCGAUCACGAGGACAUUGCCAGUGUGGAGAAGCAGAGCGAUGAGGUGCAGUACUAUUUGAUCCUGCUGAUGAACACCAUGCGAGGCGAUCCGCGGUUCUUUGUCCACUACAUUGACGAUAUUAUUCCCAUAAUUGAUCAAGUGAGUCGAUUCAAGUGCAAGUUGGCCAACAAGAAGGCGGGAAGCAUGAUUUUGAACAUCAUGAGCAAUGUUGGAACGCUGCAGACGCUGGAUAUUCACAGCAGUCCGGAGAUUGUGACGAAGCCACUGGCGGAAUUCCUGCCCAUUCGGCACUGGGGUGAGAAGAUGAAGCCACAUGACAGGAUAGCGUGGUACAUGCCGGACGAGAAUUGCCGGAAGGUGUGCGAGAAGUUGAUCCACAGAUACCUGCCGCCAAUUCUGGAGGCAUUCGAGAAGCACGUGAGUGGAGAGAUUACACUCGAUAGGGAUGAGAUCCUGCGAGAUGUCUCAAUGGUGACGUCCCUGAUCAGGUGUAAUAACUUCCUGCCCGUGUGGACGAAUGAGGAGCCACUGAAGCUCGUGGAGUCCGCUAUUGAUGGCUACACGGCCAAUGUGACGCUGGGCUUUGACAAUCUGGUGAUCAACAUGCCAGAUGGACGCAAUGUGCGUCUGGCCAUCAUUGAGACACUGUCAAAGCUGCAGCGCAAGAUUCUCGAGUGUUCAGAGGAUGACAUUAAAUCGCUGAGGGCAAUUGUGAGUCUGUGGGACAAGGUGCACAUCAGUCGACACUACAACUCGGCCUUUGACACACAGAUGAAGAACUACAUGGCCACGAAGAGCUUCCAGAACUACAAGCUGACGAUGCACAGGCGGAAUUUGAGGGCCGUGGCGGCGAUGAGAGUGUUGAUGCAGCAAGAUUGUCGGGAUGAGUUGCGGAGGUUGCGCUUCACGGCCACACACAGAGAGAUCAUGCUGAAUCUCCUCACGCUGUCCACAUCGAAGUACAGCACAAUUCGAUCUCUGGCACAGGGGCGACUCUUCAGUCUGUUCGCCCUGUAUGCCUUCUCCUAUCGCUGCAUCCUCGAUGAGCUGGUGCCGUACUUGAGGCUGGACUCGAAUGAGCACCACGAGAGCUUCAAGGGCGCUCUGUACAUACUCAAUGGCCAGAGGCGGAUGCGGCUGAUUGUGAAGCACGACUGGGAGUGUGUGGAGAAGCUGUGGCUAUCGCUGCUGCAGUCAAAGUUGUCGGAGAAGCCAUCGGUGGUGAAGUUGUUGGACUUGGCCAUUGAUGCCAUCAACAAUGAAUUUCCCACGCUCAACAUUGAGCUCACCAUUCCCGAGCGGUGUGUGGAGCAGGCGCUCAGCAUCCUCCCGAGUGAUGUGUCCCUGUCAGUGGAGGACAUUGAAGUGGGACGUGUGAAUCUGUUGAGUCGCAAUGUGGAGAAUAGGGAGAAGUAUGAGAAUAUCUUGAACACCAUUGUGCAAACGGUGAAGGAUAAUUCGCUGCAUUGGCGCUACAAUUUGAUGGCAUCACUCAUGAUCUUCAAUUUGGUGCAUCCGGAGACGAAAUAUCCGGAAAUUGUGGCACGCUAUGUGGUGAACAAUCUCAUCAGUGAUUCGCUGGAGGAAAGAAAAAUAGCUGUGCGAACAAUGACAUUCAUCAUGACGCAACAGAAGCGAGAGCACAAGAAAAUCACAAUUGACCCCUUCAGUAUCUCAGGCACGGAGCCGAGCACAAAAUUGCUGCCUGGCUAUCGUCAGGACAAUGCGUGGCUUCAGUAUGACAUUGAGAGGGUGCCGAGGAGUCAGAGUGAGUGGGAUGAGGCGCGCUUCAUUCACCGCGGGCAAGGGUAUUUUGGCUGGAAGCCACUCUUUCAGCUGUACGCGUCCAAUGCAGAGCAACCACCUCUGGACAGAGAUGAGAGUGAGAUGAAUGACACGGAGAGGGUGAUUUACAACUUCUUCAGCGACGCGGACAAUGUGGAGAAGCUGGUGACAUUCUGGUCGCUGGAGGAGAAGAAGGGCAAGGAUAAGUUCAAUAGAUCCAGAUUCUUCCUCAUGAAGAGCCUGAGCACGUCCUUUGGCGAUGCCUUCGUUGACUCCUUCCUCAGUCAUCUGCCACGCUUGAUUGCUGCCAAGGAGUGCGAGAGCAAUCACAGAUGCGCGGCGGAAAUUAUGGCGGGAUUGAUGAAGGGCACGAAGCACUGGACGUAUGAGAAGACAGAGAAACUCUUCGGUCGUCUGCAGCCGCUGAUUCGCGAGGCUCUGAGUCAUGUGACAAACGACACGGACGCCUUCUGGGGCACGUGUUUCGCCACGGCGGCGGAGAUGAUUGAUCCCAUGCGCCAGUAUUGGCUGUAUGAAGUGCUGCUGGAGGAUCCGCUGCGCGAGUCCACGAGCUUCAUCGACUGCAGUCGCAUCUACUGUCUUCAGGGUCCAUUCAAUCAGCACGUGUGGCGCAUGAACACAAUAGCGCACCGACUGCUGGAUUACCUGCGUCCCUACUUUGUGCAUCCCUUCCAGAAUGUCCGCGAGAGGCUGGGAAGCAUCCUUAUCAACAUCUUCGAGGCGGAUCUCACGUAUCCGGGCGGCAAUGAACCUCAGUCGCCGCGGAUGAAGGACUUCAUCUCGGGCAUUCUACCUCAACUUCAGAUUCUCUACAAUGACUACCCGAAGAUUGUGCCCAAGAGCAAGACGGACAACGCGGACAGUCAAGCUGCCGAGGAGGAGUCCAGCGAGGAAUCUGGCGAAGCGACCAAACAAGUUGAUACGGAUUUUGAAGUGGCUGUGAGACUCUUUAAGACAAUAUCGCACUGGAUAAUUGGUGUACUGAACAGAACGACAAAUGGUAAUCAGCCGGAGUACUUUGAACUGCUGCCGUUUGCGUGUCGCCUGGAGAAGUGUGAGCAGGACAAUGAGUUGCAGGUGAUUUGUACGUCUCUGCUGGCGAUGCUGUCGCAGGCACUCACGCUGCCGGAGUGCAUGGCGGCGAGCCUGGCGAAGAUUAACGAUGUGUCGAGGAUGAGCUCAUGGUCGGCGCGAUUGGCGGUGGUGGAUGUGCUGCAGGUGCUGGUGUUCAACAAUAUGUCAAUUGUGCUGAGUCGUCUCGAGUGGGUGGACGCGGUGCAGGAGAUUGUGCUGCGUCUGCUCGAGGACACGGUGCUGGAGGUGCGAGAGAAGGCGGCUCAGGUGCUGGGCGGGCUGCUGCACUGCUCCUUUCUGCCUGCCACGGACAAGCUGCUGGAGUUGUUCAAGAAGAAGUGUCGCACGAAGGUGGUGAAGAGCUCGAGACGCGUCGUGGCGACCACUUCGUGUGCCGUGGAGGCGAGCAUCGCGGAGGCGUCGCUGGCGGAGUCCAGAGAGGCAAAUGCCGUGCGGGUGAGGCACACGGGAGUGCUGGGACUGUGCGCCUUCAUCUCUGCCUAUCCCUAUGACAUCCCUGACUUCGUGCCGGACGUCUUUGAGCACCUCGGAGCGCAUCUCAACGAUCCACAACCUAUUCCGUCGACAAUUAGAAAGACAGUCGGUGACUUUAAAAGGACACAUCACGAUAAUUGGGCAACGCAUCAGUUGAAAUUCACAGAAGAUCAGUUAGCUGUUCUCAGUGAUCUUACCGUUCCGCCCUCGUACUAUGCCUAAGGACAGUCCGGUCUAAGUGUUGAGCUGCAAGUCUGCACGGUAUAUAUAUAGCUAAUAAAUUAAGUUGUUGGGGCAUGUGGAUGAUAUAUAUACAGAAUAGAUAAUAAGGAGUCGCACAGAAGAAAAUGUGUGAUUUGUAUUUUUAAAUAGGUUUACUGUUAAAUCUUUCCCGCAAUCAGUUUUGCUGAAUUACAUGCAUAAAAAAAUCUCAACUGGAAUCGACUUUGGGACGAAGAAGCACCACAAUUUUACCUGCCUGACUUUCGUAAUUAUUACAAACAUAUAUAUAGAUAGAUGAAAUGAGAAAAAUAGGAAAGUGAAAAAAGGUAAUGGAUUUUUCUAUAAAAAUCUACACAAUAAUAAUAAUAUAUUUUAAAUAAAUUUAAACUGUUCAA